GGGACCUGCCGCUCCGAGGGCACCCCCAGCUGGUACAUGCACGGCGAGCGGGCACACUACUCGCACACCAUGCCCAUGCGCAGCCCCAGCAAGCUGAGCCACAUCUCCCGCCUGGAGCUGGUCGAGGCACUGGACACCGACGAUGUGGAGCUGAAGUCGGGCUACAUGAGCGACAGCGAUCUGAUGGGGAAAACGCUGACAGAGGAUGACGACAUCACCACGGGCUGGGAUGAGAGCAGCUCCAUCAGCAGUGGCCUCAGCGAUGCCUCUGACAACCUCAGCUCGGAGGAGUUCAACGCCAGCUCCUCGCUCAACUCCCUGCCCUCCACCCCCACCGCCUCGCGCAGGAACUCGGCCAUAGCGCUGCGCACGGACUCGGAGAAGCGCUCGCUGGCGGAGAGCGGGCUGAGCUGGUAUUGUGAGGGCGAGGACAAGGCACCCAAGAAGCUGGACUACGACAGCAGCAGCCUCAAGAUGGAGCACGGCUCCUCCAAGUGGCGGCGGGAGCCCUCGGAGGGUGGCGAGGAGGGGCCCAAGGGCGGUGAGCUGAAGAAGCCUGUCAGCCUGGGCACCCCGGGAUCCCUCAAGAAGGGCAAGACCCCUCCGGUGGCCGUGACCUCCCCCAUCACCCACACGGCCCAGAGCACCCUCAAAGUGGCAGGCAAGCCUGAGACCAAAGCCACCGACAAGAGCAAGCUGUCUGUGAAGAGCACAGGCCUGCAGCGCUCGUCUUCCGAUGCUGGCCGUGACCGCAUUGCUGAUGCCAAGAAGCCACCCUCGGGUCUCACGCGCCCUUCGGCCUCCAGCUCCUUUGGCUAUAAGAAACCAGCUCCUGCCACUGGCACGGCCACCGUCAUGCAGGCUGGGGGCUCCGCCACGCUCGGCAAGAUCCAGAAGAGCUCCGGCAUCCCCGUCAAGCCUGUCAGCGGGAGGAAAACAAGCCUGGACGUCUCCAACGCAGCCGAGCCCGGCUUCCUGGCCCCAGGGGCUCGUUCCAACAUCCAGUACCGCAGCCUGCCCCGGCCAGCCAAGUCCAGCUCCAUGAGUGUGACCGGCGGCCGCGGCGCAAACCGGCCGGUCAGCAGCAGCAUCGAUCCCAGCCUGCUGAGCACCAAGCAGGGCAGCAUCUCGGUGUCGCGGCUCAAGGAGCCGUCCAAGAUCGGUGCCGGCCGUGGCGCACCAGCCCCCGUGAACCAGACGGACCGUGAGAAGGAGAAGGCCAAGGCCAAGGCAGUGGCGCUUGACUCUGAGUGUGGGACGCUGAAGAGCGUCAGCUCGCCCGAGAGCACUCCAAAAGCCCAGGCCAACCUCCCGCCGGCGGCCAAGGUGGCUGAGCUGCCCCCCACACCUCUCAGAGCGGCUGCCAAGACCUACGUGAAGCCUCCCUCGCUGGCCAACUUGGACAAGGUCAACUCCAACAGCCUGGACUUGCCCUCCUCCAGCGAGCUGCACCCCCCCCACACUGCCAAGCUCCAGGACCUGCACCCAGCCGGCGGGCACCUCGCGCCCUGCUUCAGCCCCAGUCCUGCCCCCAUCCUCAACAUCAACUCGGCCAGCUUCUCCCAGGGCCUGGAGCUCAUGGGCGGCUUCAGCGUCCCCAAGGAGGGCAGGAUGUACCCCAAGCUCUCAGGCCUGCACCGCAGCAUGGAGUCCCUGCAGAUGCCCAUGAGCCUGCCCAGUGCCUUUUCGGGCAGCACCCCCACCCCUGCCCCUGCUGCCGCACCCCCCGCCAGCACGGAGGAGGAGGAGGAAGAGGCAGGGGAGCUGGGCUGGAGUGGGAGCCCCCGGCUCUCACAUCUGGAUAGUGCCAACCGCGACAGGAACACACUGCCCAAGAAAGGGUUGAGGUACCAGCUCCACUCCCAGGAGGAGGCCAAGGAGCGGCGCCAUUCGCAUGCCGUCAGCAGCGGGCUCCCCGAGUCGGAUGACCAGCAGGAGCUGCCCUCGCCCCCUGCCCUCCCCAUGGCGCUGGUCGGGAAGGGUCCGCUCACCAGCAUCGUGAGCCCCACUGCCACCGCAACCCCGCGGAUCACCCGCUCCAACAGCAUCCCCACCCACGACUCCACCUUCGAGCUGUACAGCACAUCCCAGAAUGGGCAGCACCCUCUCCCUGGCCGACAAGCCAAGGCAUGAUCCGCCUCGGGCUCCUUCCGGGACCCUGUGGAUGAUGUUCAUGGAUCGGUGCUGUCCCUGGCCUCGAGCGCGUCCUCCACCUACUCCUCCCAAAUCCGCAAGCUGCGCCGCGAGCUGGAGUCCUCGCAGGAGAAGGUGGCCACCCUGACGUCCCAGCUGUCUGCUAAUGCCAACCUGGUAGCAGCUUUUGAGCAGAGCCUCGUGAGCAUGACGUCCCGCCUGCGGCACUUGGCCGAGACUGCUGAGGAGAAGGACACGGAGCUGCUGGACCUGCGAGAGACCAUCGACUUCCUGAAGAAGAAGAACUCGGAGGCCCAAGCCGUGAUCCAGGGUGCCCUGAACGGCACUGAUGUCACCCCCAAAGAGCUGCGCAUCAAGCGGCAGAACUCCUCUGACAGCAUCUCUAGCCUCAACAGCAUCACCAGCCAUUCCAGCAUCGGCAGCAGCAAGGACGCUGAUGCCAAGAAGAAGAAGAAGAAGAGCUGGCUACGCAGCUCCUUCAACAAGGCCUUCAGCAUCAAGAAGGGACCCAAAUCAGCCUCGUCCUACUCAGACAUUGAGGAGAUCGCCAACGGGACUCAUUCAGCCCCCUCCUCCCCCAAGCUGCAGCAUGGCUCUACAGAGACCUCACCCUCCAUCAAAUCCUCCACGUCCUCCUCUGUGGGCAUUGACACGGCUGAGUAAGAGGCCAGGACUUCGUCUUUCCCUUGGCCCAGGCUCUUCCAGGCCCAUGGCGAGGGCGAGCCAGAGAAGAAGGAGGUGUCGGAGCUGCGGUCAGAGCUGUGGGAGAAGGAGAUGAAGCUGACGGACAUCCGCCUGGAGGCCCUCAACUCGGCCCACCAGCUGGAGCAGCUGCGGGAGACCAUGCACAACAUGCAGCUGGAGGUGGAUCUCCUGAAGGCCGACGACCGGCUCAAAGUGGCUCCAGGGCCCUCCGCAGUGCCAGGCUCCGUUCCCGGCCACGUCACGAGCACGUGCCUCUCUUCACCGCGGCGCUCCCUUGGUCUCACCCUUGGCCAUGCCUUCAGCCCCAGCCUGGGGGACACAGACUUGUCCCCCAUGGACGCUGUCAGCGCUGGCACCCAGAAGGACGAGCUGACGCUGCGGAUUGUGGUGCGCAUGCCGCCCCAGCACAUCAUCAAGGGGGACCUCAAGCAGCAGGAGUUUUUCCUGGGCUGGACCAAGGUGAGCGGGAAGGUGGACUGGAAGAUGCUGGAUGAGGCUGUCUGCCAGGUCUUCAAGGAUUACAUCACCAAGAUGGAUCCUGCUUCCACGCUGGGGCUCAGCACUGAGUCCGUCUACGGCUACAGCAUCAGCCACAUCAAGCGGGUCCUGGACACGGAGCCGCCAGAGCUGCCGCUGUGCCGCCGGGGCCUGACCAGCAUUGUCGUGACACUCAAAGGCUUGAAGGAGAAGUGCGUGGACAGCCUAGUGUUCGAGACGCUCAUCCCCAAGCUGAUGCAGCAUUACAUCAGCCUCCUGCUGAAGCACCGGCGGCUCAUCCUCUCGGGACCCAGUGGCACCGGCAAGACCUACCUGACCAACCGCCUGGCUGAGUACCUGGUGGAGCGCUCAGGUCGGGACGUCACCGAGGGCAUCGUCAGCACCUUCAACAUGCACCAGCAGUCCUGCAAGGACCUGCAGCUGUACCUCUCCAACUUGGCCAACCAGAUCGACCGGGAGACGGGCACGGCGGACGUGCCGCUCGUGAUCCUCCUGGAUGACCUCAGUGAGGCGGGCUCCAUCAGCGAGCUCGUCAACGGCGCACUCACCUGCAAGUACCACAAAUGCCCCUACAUCAUUGGGACCACCAACCAGCCUGUGAAGAUGACCCCAAACCAUGGCCUCCAUCUCAGCUUCAGGAUGCUGACCUUCUCGAACAACGUGGAGCCAGCCAACGGCUUCCUGGUGCGCUACCUGCGGCGGAAGCUGCUGGAGUCAGACACGGACAUCAACGCCAACAAGGAGGAGCUGCUCCGUGUGCUGGACUGGGUGCCCAAGCUCUGGUACCACUUGCACACCUUCCUGGAGAAACACAGCACCUCCGACUUCCUCAUUGGUCCCUGCUUCUUCCUGUCCUGCCCCAUUGGAAUUGAGGAUUUCCGGACCUGGUUCAUUGACCUGUGGAACAACUCCAUCAUCCCUUACCUGCAGGAGGGGGCAAAAGAUGGGCUGCAGGUCCACGGGCAGAAGGCAGCAUGGGAGGACCCCGUGGAGUGGGUGCGGGACACCCUGCCCUGGCCAUCAGCGCAGCAGGACCAGUCCAAGCUGUACCACCCCCCACCCACCAUCGGGCCCCACAGCACCGUUUCCCCUCCCGAGGAGCGCACCGUCAAAGACACAACGCCCAGCUCCCUGGACUCAGACCCUCUGAUGGCCAUGCUGCUGAAGCUCCAGGAAGCCGCCAACUACAUCGAGUCUCCAGACCGUGAGACCAUGGUGGAUCCCGACCUGCAGUCAACUCUGUGAGGCCCGGACAUGCCGGCCCAGGCGGAGGGGAGCCGCUGCCAGCCACUGCUCCUGCCGGGCUGCUCUCCUUUUCCUGUGGUAUCCCGGAGUGCGGGGCUGGCGAGCGAGCGGAGAGGAACCGGGGCUCCGGGCGUCCCGGUGGAGCGUGGGGAAGCUCGGCUCGUCCGUGGGAGAGCGCAAGGUGCCGUCUCCCCUCCUGGCCCUGGGGGUAGGAGAAUCCUGGUUUCUCUUCUUGGUUUUUUCUGUCUCUAUUGCAAACGCUCGGGCUUUUGGGGCCAGGGCGACCGAUGUGGCUGAGCCCCCGCUCCCGGGAGCCGCAGGAAGGCCCCUGCGUGGGGCAGGGACCCCGCGGGAGCCACCUGGGCCAAAGCUUGGAGGGCGCAGGAGGAGCGCUGGCCGCAGGACGAGAGCGCGGGCGUGAGGGCCUCCAGCUCCCUCUCCACCCAGCCGGGCGUAGCCGAGGGCUGGCGACGAGGGAGCUGCUGCUGCUGCGGGAAGUGCUUGCCUUGCGCCGGCCGAGGAUGAGCGCGGCUCUCGCCGCUGUCUGUACAUUCCUUGUUUCACCUGCAUGGCAGCCACUGCGACCAGGACAGCCCAAUAAACCCUGCUUUGGUUAUUUUAUUUUGUUCCCCCCCCCUCCCAUUUUCCUUUGGCCGAGUCCAGACUUCACUUUGGUCCCUUUUUUGUUCUGGUUCUUCGCCCUCCUGGCCUGGAGCCCGUGGCCCGGUGCCCACCGCUUCCCUGUAAGCAGCUCCCUUUCCCUUUGGUUUCUUUUGCAGCUGUUGGUUCCACCACUCAAACCACCUCUGUCACGAAACUGGUGCUCACUGGACGAUCUCCAGUCCCUGAACCCACUUCCUGGGGCCUCACAGCUUGGCUGAGAUGGGACUUGGCAGCCGGUGGCAGGGAUGCUCCCAGAGCAGCCCCUUGCCUGGCAGCUCCCCCCUCCCCGAAAGCACAAGGCAGAGUCUGGCCCUGGGGCCGGGGUCUCCCACCAGGUCAGGAUGCCAUGGGGCAUCCCGUCCCCGAGGUACCCGGCACUGGCCGAGGCCUGGGCACGGGGAGGGUGCUGCUGCCCCAUCCCUGGGCAGCUGGACGCCUGCCCCAUCCCCUCAGUGCUGGGGGGCACAACCUGCCUCGUGUCCCCUCAGUGCUGUCAGGCCUGGGGGUGCGGGCUGGUGAGCCGUGCCUGGGGGUAGUCCCCAUGCCACUGGCUCCCCAAGGCCCUUGUGCCUUCCUGCGCCCUGUGGCCGGGCAGGGUCUCGCUGUGCCCGUGUUGGUGCUCUGGGGACAGCUAGGGCUGCCAUGUGUCCUCUUGGCCCUACCAUGCAAUGUCACAGGCGAGGCUCCUGGCACGGAGGGGAUCAGCCCCGGUGCUGCCGCGGUGCCUUAAUGCCCGGCCGUGUGGGAAGGGGGCACAUGGGCCUUGGGCUGUCGCGAUCACAGCCUGCUCUGGCUGCAUUGUCCUAUGACUGUCCCCAAAGCCAGCUUGGCUGGGAUGGGACGGGGGUGCUGGCACGGGCACGAGCAUGGCCAGGCUGGGGCUGUUGCCUUCAGCACCCCUUGCUUGCCUGUCCCUAAGCAUGGCCGCAGGGUGCUCUGCUGGGCCAGCACCUCCCUCCCUGAGCCCAGCUGGGCUCUGCGGCCCCCCUCCCCUCCGCUGCCGUCCAGCUCGGCUCCCGCACUCAGCUGGGGCCCUGGAGAGCCUUUUGGGGAGAGGUUACCCCAGGGCUGGGUCUGCCGAGCCCAUCCUGUCCCCGAGCCCUGCCAGGCUGGGGACCGGGCAGCCUCAGCCCCCCCCCGCCCCGUGCCACAGCUGGUGUGGCCUUCAGGGACGCCUCACAACCCUCCAAAACAGCUCCCUCAAGGCCCGGCCUUGCCACCGGUGCUGCUCGGAGGCAGCCGCCACCUCUGCCCUUGGUGCUCUCUCGGCCGAUGCAUCUUGCCUUGCCGCCCGGCGCAUCCUGGCCGUGGCGCGUGCGCCCCAUGGUGCUCACUUCGUCUGUCCGACAGCCUCCCCGCCGUCUCCCCACUGCCACCCGGGGCCGGCCAGCCCGGCCCCUUUGCACAGGGAUGUCCCUCCUCACGCUGGCUUGGACGCUAGGGCUUUCUGUUCGCCUUCUCUUGUGUUGCCGCCGUCGGCUAAGGACUCGCUGUAAAUAGAUCUGUAGUCGAACGCCCUGCGUGAGUUGGUGGGCCUGGCCC